AUGCCUGGUCCUUCCUUCCCGUACAUGGUUGUCCCCAGUAUGCCAGUGCCUAUUCCAGGAAACGGUUCUGCGUGGGAUAGUGCACAUCCCCCUCACCAAUUUAGUCGGACGCCUUCCAAAACUGAGAAUGAUCGCGACGAGACUCGAAGUGAAGAAAGCCGUGAAGAUGUGGAAGAACGCCAGGCCCCUAACGAAUGGAAUGGCCCUCCUACGCCCAUGGUUAUGCCUUCUGGACCCCAAGGCAUGCCAAUGCCUUAUAUGGUGCCUAUGCAGUCCAUAAUGCCGAUUCAUUUGGAUCCGCAAGGACGGCCUAUGUUCCCCGUCUAUGCCCCAUUUGGCAUGAGUCUCCCUACCAAUAUGAUGGCUAGUCACGACUCUUCUACUGUAUCUCAUCAACUUCGCAGUCAGACAGAAUACUACUUUUCUGAUGCUAACCUACAGUCUGACUAUUACCUGCGCCAAAAAAUGGAUAAAAGUGGUUAUGUUGAACUGCAGACUUUGCUCGAAUUCAAGCGUAUCGGUGCCAUACUUCACCAGAUGCCUAUGACCAAAGGGGAAAAUAACGAACCCCUAAAGGCCAAGAUGGUGGACAUGUUACGAUCCGCAUUGGAGUCCAGUCAACUUUUGGAGCUUGAUGAUGCCAAGACAAGUGUUCGACGCAAGGAAAGGUGGCAGACCUUUGUGAUUGGAAAAUAA